CCACACCUCGAGGCCCCGAGGCGGUCCCACCCACCGGCGCCGGCGGCCCGCCUCCCCCUGGCCGCGGCGCCUGGCCUGUCCCCGCGGGAGGGUCGGGCCGGGCCGCAGGAAGCCGCGCUCGGCGGGAGCGGAGCAGUGGGUAUGCCCGGGCCCUUGCGAGCCGCAGGCGGCGACGGUGACUCAUGGUUCCGUGCACAAAAGCAAGAUCGUCUCCCUGUCGGGGCAGAGGCAAAGCCCGAGUCCCCGGCCCCGUCUCGUCCCUACGCUGCGGGAGUCUUCUGCGAUGGGCCUGCCUGCCACGGAGCCAGGUCGCCCUUCGUGCCGGACUUGCCUUCCGUCUGGGGGACGCAGGCAGCCCAGGCCCUGAUAGCUGUGGCCACGAGGCCGGGGCGGCGUUCCCAGCGGACGAUGCCCCAGGCGCUGGAACGUGCGGAGGGCUCCUGGGCCUGGGUCGUCCUGCUGGCUGCCGUGGUGGCCCAGGGCCUCACCCUGGGCUUCCCCCCCUGCCUCGGCAUCUUCUUCACCGAACUGCAGCAUGAGUUCCAGGCCAGCAACAGCGAGACCUCCUGGUUCCCCUCCAUCCUGACAGCCAUGCUCCACGCCGGCGGCCCCCUGUGCAGCAUCCUGGUGGGACGCUUCGGCUGCCGCGCGACGGUCAUGGCGGGGGGUGUGCUGGCCUGCCUGGGCAUGGCGGCCAGCUCCUUCAGCCACACCCUCAGCCAGCUCUACACCGCGGCAGGAUUCUUCACAGGCCUGGGCUUGUGCUUCAGCUUCCAGUCGACCAUCACCGUACUGGGCUUCUAUUUCACCCGCCGGCAGGCGCUGGCCAACGCUCUGGCCUCACUGGGCGUCUCCCUGGGCAUCACACUCUGGCCGCUGCUCUCCCGCUACCUCCUGGAGCACCUGGGCUGGAGGGGCACCUUCCUCGUCUUCGGCGGGGUUUUUCUCCACUGCUGUGUCUGCGGGGCCGUCCUGAGGCCAGUGGCCACCGGCACGGCUCCCGAAACCAGAAAAGGCCCUCCUCCGCCUACCAAGACGCCCGCUCCCGGCUGCCUGGCAGCAUGCGGCCAGUUCACCCUGCGCCACCUGGCCUUCGACAUCCUGUGGCACAACGCAGGCUACCGCGUGUUCACGCUGGGGGUCGCGUGGAUGAUCCUCGGGUUCCUGCUGCCACACAUCUUCCUGGUGCCCUACGCCAUGUGGCACGGGGUGGACGAGCACAAAGCGGCCCUGCUCGUCUCCAUCAUCGGCUUCAGCAACAUCUUCCUGCGGCCCCUGGCCGGGCUGCUGGCAGGGCGGCAGGGCUUCGCCAGCUACCGAAAGUACCUGUUCAGCCUAGCCAUCCUGCUCAACGGGCUCACCAACCUGGUGUGCACCGUGUCGGCCGACUUCCGAGUGCUGGUGGGCUACUGCCUGGUGUACAGCGUGUCCAUGAGCAUAAUCGGCGCCCUCUUCUUCCAGGUGCUCAUGGACAUUGUCCCCAUGGACCGCUUCUCCAGGGCCCUGGGCCUCUGCACCAUCCUGGAGAGCAUCUCCAUCCUCAUCUCUCCCCCCAUGGCUGGGUUUCUCCUGGACAGCAGUGACAGCAACUUCAGCUACGUUUUCUACAUGUCCAGCUUCUUCCUCCUCUCGGCGGCCCUCUUCAUGCUUGGCGGCUUCUGUGCCCUUCGGGGGAAGGAGAAGCAGGAGCAGGAAAAGCAGGCCCUGCGGGCCAAGGAGGCCGUCCCGGAGCGGGCCCUCACUGGGGAGGGCACAGACAGUGCAGAGAGGCAGCUGUGGACCGAAACCAUGUACGUGACCAGCGUCUGAGCGCCGAGGUCGGCGAGUGACCGCCGCCUCCGCCCGAGAACAGGAUGUCCAGCUGUCGCACCAGGUGAAGCGCCGCCCGGGCUGCCCGAGCCCAAGGCCGUCCAGGCUCCGCCUGCUGGGACGCAGCCAGGGGCUGUGACCUUCCAGGUCGUCCUCUGAAGACUCAGGGUUCCUGCCAAUGAGCCAGAUGAAGGAGCGGGUCCUCCUCCUUUUUUUUUUUUUUCCCUCCGGGCACCAGGGUGCUUGGGCCCAGGAAGGUGGGUCUGAGCCCUGCUUGGGCCUGUCACGCCCGACUCCGCUCAGCUGGCUGCCCACCGCUGCUGCUACAGCUCAACGCAGCAGCCCAUCCGGUCUGACGGGAUGCCGCCGGUGCUGUCUCGUCGCCCUUCUCUGACGUCCACACGGUUCCAAAGAGCUCACCCAUCCUCCUCAGCCCUCCCGCCUGCCCCCUCUCUGUGACCCCGCCCUUGCCCUCAGGGCUGCCCCCAGCACGCCGCUGGGCCUCCGACCGAUCUAGUGGAACCUCGGGAAGAAGGACCUCGGGAGAGAACGAGCGUGGCCUGCAGCAGCGGGUGGCCACGCCGAGGAGGCAGCCUGGCUGCGGGGUUUGGGCGGAUUGGAUGUCCGGCGGAAUGCCUUUCCUGGCGUCCGUCCGCACAGAGGAUGGGAGGGGAGCACCUGGCUCGGGCCCCAGAGUCGGGGAAGUCUGAGGGGCCCCCUGCCCGUUCCACAGAGCCGGCUCCAGGGCCUCCCCUCCUCCCUGGCCCCACCUGGUGUUUUGGCGGGAAGAUGAGCCCCGGAGUGGAGGAAGCCAGACACUUGACCGACCAGGGAGAGGCUAAGGCUCGCCAGGCAGGGCCCAAUGACCUCUUUGAAAAUAGAGCUGCUUUUGUAACAGAA